CAUUAUGAAAUUAGCCACAAAACAAAAGAGUCUGACAUUUUAUUUAAAAAAAAAACUGCUUAGAAUUUCCAUUAAUAUAAUUUCCACCAUAUAAUGUAAUCAAAAUAGGCAUAAUUUGAGGUGUUCCUGACUUUCAGAAAACAAUCCAAGAAUGAAAGAAUGUUCCUGUACUGGUGUGAAAAUAAUCUUUUAAGAUUUUACAAUUUUAAGAAAUAUUUAGAUUUUCCAUUGCAUCAUGCAUAAACACAUCAAGGGCUGUGAAGUAGGCUAUUAAGUCCAAAUGACCAAAAGAGACCCAAAGUUCACCAAAAAAAAAAAAAAUUAAUGAAUAAAUAAAUAGGCAGAAAUACUUGAGACCACGUCCCUCUUUUGUUUCUUAACCCCAGUUCGUUUGUUCAAAUCCCACCCCGAUAGGUGGGAUUUGCAUAUAAAGUCCCUCUUAGACGGUAAAGUUUUAAGAAAGGGGUGACGAUACAAGAAGAGCCAUGGCAUCUUUAGGGCUGCAGAUUUUAGGGAUUGCCCUGUCAUUUGUCGGGUUGCUGGGUUCUAUCUUGACCUGCGCCCUUCCGAUGUGGAAGGUAACAGCCUUCAUCGGCAGAAACCUCGUGACGGCGCAGAUCAUUUGGGAGGGACUGUGAACGGUCUGUGUGAUACAGAGCACGGGGCACAUGGAGUGCAAAAUGUACAAUUCAGUGCUCGCGCUGCCUGUGGACCUGCAAGUCGCGCGCGCUUUGCUCGUUAUUUCCAUCUUGCUCUCUGUCGUCGGCAUUCUCCUGGCGGUUGUAGGGGGGAAAUGCAACACCUGUAUCGACAACAAAACCGCCAAAGCAAGAGUUGUCAUAUCUGCGGGGGCGUUUAUUAUAAUCGCCGGACUGCUGUGUCUCACACCAGUCUGCUGGUCGGCGAAUACCAUCGUCCGCGAUUUCUACAACCCGCUCCUGCCGGACUGGCAGAGACGGGAGCUCGGGGCGUCGCUCUACGUGGGCUGGGGUGCCGCAGGGCUGCUGCUCACUGGAGGCGCGAUACUCUGCUGUCAGUGUCCGUCGAAAGACGCCAAAAACCCGGCACCAAAAUCAAACGUCUCGGAAAAAGAAAGUGUAUAAAGAACAUUUAAAAUAAUAUCCGAACUUUUGUCUGUUGCUUUUUAUUUGUAUUUUACUCAAGGUUUUUUAAUAAUGGACACUUUUAAACUUUUGUCUCUAGUUAAAAACAAGAAAUGUAUUUUAAUACAAAUUAAAACAUAGGCCUAUUAACAUCUCUUCUAUGAUGGAUACAUUUUCGAUUUCUGUCAUUUUGAUCAUUUAUGUGUGUGCAGAGCUUGGUGACUGUUCAGAGAUUUUGGCAUUUUCCUUUCUUUUUAUUUAAAAAAAUAUAUAUAAGCAGUAUUAUUAAAAUUGGGGAAAACAAAUCCACCAAUUUAAAGUCUAUGUGGCAAAGGUCAUUCAUUUAUUUUAUUUUUUUAAUCUCAUUUUAUGUUCUGGUCAAAUUCAUCAUACUUUAAAAAAAAAUAAUUUAUAUUAAUAAUCUUACAUAAAAUCACAUGUAGGCCUAUUUUAUGUGCAAGAAAAGUACAUUUUACUUGAUGGUUACACCAAAGUGUUAUCAAACAUUAAAUAAUAAUGUAACCAACACGAAUUCAGUCAUGGCCAAAUGGAUUUUGAAAAUUUUCUCCUUUUAUAAUCUUUAUAGACAUCUUUACUUGUCGUUGACCCACAAAAACAACAUUUAUUUGUCAUAUAUUUCUACAACUCCUGGACAGAGUGCUCAUAUGCUUGUUUAAAACGGGUGUAGCAAGGCUCUGUUAAUGCUUGAGCUUGUUUAAUUUUGUUUCUCCUUGACAAUGAAAAUAACUUAUCCUUUGUGUGCAUGGGUAAAAAGCACCAGCACAAAACAGCAGCUGUGGAAUGGUUAACAAAGGAGUGUUUACAUGUGUGUAAAAGAAAAAAAUCUGUAUUUCAUGGUCAAUCACACAAACAAUUUUUAUUGUAAAUAAACAGUUGUUAACUCAUA